AUGGUCGGAAAUUUAUGUGAUGAUGAGCCAAAAUUCUAUAAUGAAGCUAAGGGUAUUCGUGAACGGGAAGAAGCAAUGAACAAGGAAGUAUCUGCUCUGAAUAAAAACUGCACUUGGGAGCUUGUUGAGAAGCCAAUGAAUAUUCAACCUAUAACCUGUAAAUGGGUUUACAAGGUGAAGAAAAAGGUCGAUGGUACUAUCAAUCGUUACAAGGCUCGUCUAGUUGCUCGUGGUUUUUCUCAAGAAUAUGGCCAAGAUUAUGAAGAGACGUUCAGCCCGGUCACUAAAAUGACAACAAUCAGAACUGUUAUUUCAUUGGCUACUUGUAAAGAAUGGAACUUAUGGCAACUCGAUGUUAAAAAUGCAUUUCUUUAUGGAGCCUUGGAUCGAGAUAUAUACAUGGAACAACCACCUGGUUUCAUUUCUGAAAAAUUUCCUAACUAUGUGUGUCGACUCAAGAAGGCAUUAUACGGCUUAAAGCAAGCUCCACGUGCUUGGUAUGGUAAAAUUGCUCAAUACCUUGAGUUUUGUGGCUUUAAGUCUUCAUAUGCAGAUUCGAGUUUGUUUAUUAAGAAAACUUCUUCAGUUUGUAUAAUGCUUCUUCUUUACGUGGACGACAUGAUCAUUACGGGCAACGAUAAUGCUGAAAUUGCUCAUGUUCGAGAUGAGUUGUCUCUUUGCUUUGAAAUGAAGAGUUCGGGAGAAGCUAGCUAUUUUCUUGGUUUAGAAGUUGAAAAGUCAGGUGGGUUUUUUAUCUCUCAGCAAGGAUACGCAACAACUUUAUUGAAUCGUUUCAAUAUGAAGGGGUCAAAGCCAAUGACGACUCCUAUGGAAUCUUGCCUGAAGCUAGCUAAAGAUGGAGGAAAACUGCUAGAAGAUGCAACUUUUUUUCAUCAACUUGUUGGUAGUUUAUUCUAUUUAACUAUCACGAGACCUAACAUAUGUUUUGGAGUAGGAGUCAUUUCUCAGUUCAUGGAUAAACCACGCGAGACUCAUCUGAUCGCUGCAAAGAGAAUUCUUCGCUACAUAAAGAGCACUUUGAAUUUUGGGUUGCGUUAUAAGAAAGACAUAUCAUUCUCCUUGAGUGGGUUCGUAGAUGCAGAUUGGGCCGGUGACAUAAAUGAUAGGCGGUCCACAACUGGUUAA